UAAACCCUUUCCUGCACACUCGAGUCAUUUCUUUUUCUUUUACUAACUCUCCCUCCAAACUGCAAACACUUUUUUUCUUUUCAUUUCUUUUCUGUUUUUCAGUGAUUUUCUCAGAGAAAAUCUUCCGGAAAAAAAUUGGCGUAAAAAAUGUCGAAUUUCUUGACAAGCACGAAUCAUAACCCUAACAAGUCCAUUGAGGUGAAUCAACCUCCAACUGAUUCAGUCUCAAGUCUCAGUUUCAGUCCCAAAGCUAAUUUCCUCGUUGCCACUUCCUGGGACAACCAGGUUCGGUGUUGGGAGGUAGCAAGGAAUGGGGUGAAUGUUGGUACUGUCCCCAAGGCAUCUAUAUCUCAUGACCACCCGGUUUUGUGCUCGACUUGGAAAGAUGAUGGCACAACUGUCUUCUCUGGUGGCUGUGACAAGCAAGUAAAGAUGUGGCCUUUGUUAUCUGGUGGUCAACCAAUGACUGUUGCGAUGCAUGAUGCACCAAUCAAAGAGAUCGCUUGGAUUCCGGAGAUGAGCCUUUUAGUAACUGGAAGCUGGGACAAAACUCUGAGGUACUGGGAUACAAGGCAACCAAAUCCAGUGCACACCCAGCAACUCCCGGAGCGCUGCUAUGCAAUGACAGUGAGGCAUCCUCUGAUGGUUGUUGGCACAGCUGAUAGAAAUCUGAUUGUAUACAACUUGCAAAAUCCUCAGGUUGAAUUCAAGAGAAUCGUUUCACCCUUAAAGUAUCAAACAAGGUGCCUUGCAGCAUUCCCUGAUCAACAAGGUUUCUUGGUUGGAUCAAUUGAAGGAAGAGUUGGGGUGCAUCAUUUGGAUGAUGGUCAGCAGGGAAAAAACUUCACUUUCAAAUGCCACAGAGAGGGAAAUGAAAUAUACUCUGUCAACUCCUUAAAUUUCCAUCCGAUACACCACACAUUUGCAACUGCUGGAUCAGAUGGUGCUUUCAAUUUUUGGGACAAGGAUAGUAAACAGAGGUUGAAGGCCAUGUUAAGAUGCAACCAACCUAUUCCUUGCAGUACCUUCAAUAAUGAUGGUUCAAUAUUUGCCUACUCGGUCUGCUAUGACUGGAGUAAAGGGGCAGAAAAUUGUAAUCCUGCUACAGCAAAGACGUACAUCUUCCUCCACUUGCCACAGGAGUCUGAGGUUAAGGGCAAACCACGCAUUGGUACUACAGGAAGAAAAUAAUGAAAUGGAGAUGAUCCUCUUCUGGGAUUCUGUUCUAUGUAUAGUAUAUUAGUUGGCUCUGUAUAUAAAUAGAAAUUUGCGAACGCUUGAACGAGAUUUGUUGCCUUAUGACAAUUUUUUUUUCUUUAAAAACAUUGUCGAGCAAUUUUGAGUUAUGACAAGGUGAGAUGCAAGUACAAUUGUGGAUUAGAUAGUGUAAUGCUCCUAGUUCCUUACCUGUUCACUCUUGGUUAUUGUGGUCAGUGAUUCUUGUUCGUUUUCGUUUUUAA